AUGGUGCAGUGUGAUGGCUGCGAUAAGUGGUUUCACUUUGUAUGUGUGCAGGUUACGGAGGACAUCGCUAACGUCAGUUGGGUUUGCCCGUUCUGCAAGACCACAUUCGUCCCCCCCACCAGUUCCACCAAGCGAAAGACCGAACAGCAUCAAAACCAUCCAACGGGAAACAGGACGCCAUCGGUUGGAUCCAAGAGCAAGGUUGGAUCUGCUCGAAGUGAAACAAGGCGGUUGAGGGAACUCGAACUUCGAAGGCUCGAGGAAGAGUUCGAAAUGGAGAAGCGGUUUCUUGAACAAAGGUACAAGGUUCUAAAGGAAUACGGUAGCGAAUCAUCGUCAGUGGCGGAGAUCAAUGAAUCAGACCACGCGGCGAAAGUAGAGGAGUGGUUAGCUGAAACGGAACGUGCCGGCGAAGCUGAAGAUUCCGGAUUAGAUGCAGAGGAGGCAAAUGGGCACAUACCGAACGUCUCGGAUAAGCUCGAGGAGCACCAAGCUCUGGAUGUCGUCCAGCAGAUUCGGAAUCCAUCAACUAUUCAUACCAAGCAGCGUGAUGCGCGCUCCCAGGUAUGUCUUCAGGCGCAGUUGGCACAACAGCAAGAUCAAGUGGUUCAGCCGUUCGUAUCUCCAUCGGCACAAGAUGCACAGCAGCACCAGGGCCUUAUGUACCAGCUUCGAUUGACUUCAACUCGUUCUGGUCCAUUUGCCCAUCAGCAACGUAACAGCAGAGCGACGGUCAUGCCUCCUUCAAUCCCAGAAGCUUCCUUCCAGCAGCCAACACGAGAGCUGCCAGCUCUAGAGUUCGCCCAAAUGAGCAUCCACGCCCGACCGAUGUUUCCAGCGGAAUUAGGCGAUGGCUUCCCGCAACAUGCGUCGCAUCAUUCUUCACGGAAUCGACCUCAGACAAAUCCAAGGCCGGCGUUCAUCUCUUCGACGAUGUCCGGUAUCCGGAUAGGUCACAAUACCGCAACUCGUACUCAGCCGCAAAUUGAUAGCCAAGCGACGGAUAUACCUUCUGCAAUUCCAGCAGCAUACUUCCACCAGCCAGCACGAGAGCUGCCAGCUCUCCAGUUCGCCCAAAUGAACGUUCAAGCUAGACCGUCAUGCCCAGCGGAAUUUGGUGAUGGCUUCUCGCAUCGACCACAGACCAUGAAUCCAAGACCGGCGUUCAUCCCUUCGACGAAUCCCGGUAUCCAGACCAUGAAUCCAAGACCGGCGUUCAUCCCCUCGACGAAUCCCGGUAUCCAGACGGGGCACAAUACCUUCAUUCCAGGUCAGCAAUCAACACCGAUACGACCUGAUCACUCGCAACAAGGUGAAGUAGCGACGAUCCCCUACGAGACAGUGUGCGUUCUCAACCGAAGUCAGAUUGCGGCGCGUCAGGCGGUUUCAAGAGAUCUGCCCGAGUUUGACGGUACAUUGGAGGACUGGCCGCUAUUCUACGCCAUGUUUAACUCGUCUACGCAGAUGUGCGGAUUCACAAACGAGGAGAACAUGUUAAGACUGCGGAAGUGCCUGAAAGGAAAGGCAUUGGAUGCUGUUAGAUGCGAGUUACUUCACCCGUCGAAUGUAGCGGAUAUACUGUCUACACUUAAGAUGCUCUUUGGACGAUCAGAAGCGAUCAUUCUAUCCAUCGUUAAAAGAAUCAGAAGUCUUCCAUCACCGAACAUGGAGAAGCUCGAAACGGUAGUCAAUUUUGCAUUGACAGUGAAGAACAUGAUCGCGACGGUCCGAGCGUGUGAAGUUGAAGAUUUUAUUUUCAACGCGUCUCUCCGGUAUGAGCUAGUGGAACGUCUGCCGGCAUCUCUGAAGCUGGACUGGGCGAGAAUUGCUCGUGGUAUCCCAAACCCAAAUCUCGCCGACUUCAGUGCAUGGUUAUAUACCGUAGCGGAAGAUGCUAGCACGGUGAUGCCUACUUCAGGUCAUGAUCAGCGAAGUCGAAAUGUCAAGAAGGACGGGUACCUAAAUUUUCAUUCCGAAUCGGACUCAAGCGACGCGAAACCAUCUGAGUUACUCAGUGAACCAAUACGGGUUGUAACAGAUCCCGAGAAAAACCUGUGUGUGGUGUGCAAGGGCAACUGUUCGACGGUUUCACGGUGUAACAGAUUUGAGGGUUUCAGCUACGAUUCGAAGUGGGCAACAGUUAAGGAAUGCAAGCUAUGCCGAAAGUGUCUUCGCAAACACAACGGCUCCUGCAAACAGCAAAAACAAUGCGGCAUAAAUGGGUGCAUAUACUUGCACCAUCCUUUACUCCACAAUCAGAAUAGCCACCAGGAUAAGGCGUCAACAUCAAAGCUACCGAUGUUUCCUUCUGAACCGAAACACCCGGAACAAAGUUGUAAUCUGCAUCAAGGACAGUCGGCAGUAUUAUUUCGCAUUCUCCCUGUCAUACUGUAUGGACCGGAGAAGGAGGUGAAGACUUAUGCAUUUAUCGACGAUGGAUCCGAGCUAACUUUGAUGGAACAAAGCCUGGCAGAAGAGCUUGGUGUCGAAGGACCUAGAAAGCCCCUGUGCUUGAAGUGGACGGGUGGUACGCGGAAGGUAGAGAAUAAAUCGCAGCAGGUGAAUCUACGAAUCUCUGGGGCAAGAAGCUCGACGAAGUAUGAACUUUCAGGGAUUAACACGAUCUCCUCUCUACAAAUACGACCGCAAACAUUGCUAACUUCUGUUCUACAGGAGAAAUACGCGCAUCUGUCUGGGCUUCCACUUGAGGACUACCACGACGUCAGUCCACGAAUUCUAAUUGGCUUGGACCAUGCCAAUCUCGGGUACGGAAUGAAGAGUCGCGAAGGUGAUCGAAACGAACCGAUCGCGGUGAAGACUCGUUUGGGAUGGACGGUUUACGGUAACUGCACCGGGAAGGAAGAAAUCGGUAAUCACGUGAACUUCCACGGCGUCCAAAGGUGCGACUGUACACAGGAGUAUGAUGAUGGCCUGCACAGAAUAAUGAAAUCAUACUUUGCGUUGGAUAGCAUGGGAGUUAUCAAACCGAACAAACUUCUCCUCUCUCAGGAAGAUCAGCGUGCCCAUACGUUGUUAGAGUCCCUCACCCGUUCAACAAAUAAGCACUACGAGUGUGGUUUACUCUGGAAAUACGAUCACGUCCGACUUCCGGACAGCGAAGCGAUGGCUUUUAGGCGAUGGAAGUGUCUAGAAACCCGAUUGAGCAAGGAUCAAAUAUUAGCAGACUAUCUUGAGACGAAGAUCCAGGAACACGUCAGUAAGGGCUACGUAAGGAAGUUGACUCCAGAAGAACUACAAGUACGUCAUGCACGAAUCUGGUACCUUCCUAUCUUCGUAGUUGCUAACCCGAACAAACCGGGUAAGUUUCGUCUGGUGUGGGAUGCCGCAGCAACCGCUUUCGGCGUUUCCCUAAAUUCAGUCCUGUUGAAGGGUCCAGACCAGCUGACUUCGCUUCUUUCAGUACUGAUUCGCUUCCGUGAGUUCAAGGUAGCAGUGAGCGGUGACAUCAAAGAGAUGUUUCACCAAGUUCGAAUGCGAGACGAAGAUCAGCACUGCCAACGUUUCUUUUGGAAAAAUAGCAAUGAGUCUGAGCCGAGCGUGUACGUCGUUCAGGUAAUGACCUUCGGGGCAUGUUGCUCGCCAAGUACUGCGCAACAUGUAAAGAACACCAACGCAAAACGAUUCGAGCAAGAGUACCCAGAAGCAGUGGACGCUAUCAUCAAGCAGCAUUACGUUGAUGACAUGCUCGUAAGCACGGAGACGGAAGAAGAGGCAGUGAAACUGGCUCAGAAUGUGAAAAAGAUCCACGAGCAAGCAGGAUUUGAAAUACGCAACUGGAUAUCUAACUCUGGUACGGUAAUAGCGACAUUGAAGGAGGUAACGGCGAAGGAGAAAAAUCUUAACAUCGGCGACGAAACUACAACAGAAAAGGUGCUCGGAAUGUGGUGGAACACUUCAACCGAUUGCUUCACAUACAAAGUUUCGUCCCGCUAUGAUCAAGUUCUGCUAUCAGGUUGUCGUCGACCAACGAAACGUGAAGUUCUACGCACACUGAUGAUGAUAUAUGACCCUUUGGGGUUGAUUGCACAUCUAUUAAUGUUCCUGAAGGUUCUUCUUCAGGAAAUUUGGAGAACAUCAGUCGGCUGGGAUGACCAAAUCGAAGACGCACAGUUCGAGAAGUGGCUGACAUGGCUCGCGGUCUUUCCGAAGAUGGGACUGGUGGAAGUUCCACGAUGUUACCGGACAUUGACAACGGUAAGGGCUAAAGCAGAGAUGCACACGUUCGUGGAUGCAAGCGAGAACGGCUUUGCAGCGGUCGUAUAUCUAAGAUUCCAAGAACGGGAUGCUAUCGAAUGCUCAUUAGUAGGAGCAAAAACUAGAGUAGCACCCCUUAAAUUCUUGUCCAUCCCAAAGUCCGAACUUCAAGCAGCUCUACUCGGCGUUCGAUUAGCGGAUACAAUACUGGCCUCUCUUUCUAUCAAGAUCAGCAAGCGAUACUUUUGGACAGAUUCCAAAGAUGUAUUAUGCUGGUUGAGAUCCGACCAUCGCCGAUAUAGCCAGUUUGUAGCAUUCCGCGUCAGUGAAAUCUUGGAGUCGACCGACGUUAAUGAUUGGCGAUGGAUUCCGACGAAACUGAACGUCGCCGAUGAAGGAACAAAGUGGACCCGAGUUCCCGAUUUAUCAACGGCCAGUCGUUGGUUUCGUGGUCCAGAAUUGCUUCGACAAGACGGAGACGCCUGGCCCGAAAUCCCUAAUCUCGGAAAACCGACGACAACAGAGCUUCGUCCGCAUCUACUUCUUCAUGCACCAACGGUGGACCCGGUCGUUAAUCCGCAAAAAUGCUCCAAAUGGGUUCCACUCCUACGUCGCGUAGCAUUCAUAUUCAGAUAUAUCGGUAACUUGCAGCGAUCUUCGAGACGAGAACGAUGUUUUGCUGGACCGCUGACACAGGAAGAACUGACUAAAGCGGAAAACUAUUUGUACCGCCAAGCACAGUCAGAGAAUUACGCCGAUGAGAUCGCAACGUUGACUGAGAGUUACUUCUCGAAAGGAGAGCAAAAAAAGAUAAUCAGAAAUAACCUGCUCUUUCGCGGCGCCUUCCUGGACGAAAACGGUGUUGCUCGCGUCCGGGGUCGAACAAAGGCAUGUUUAUUCAUUGAUCGUGAUGCUGCUGAACCCAUUAUUCUUCCUCGGAAACACCACAUCACCCAACUGAUCAUCGCCGACACACACGAGCGCUUCAACCAUCAAAACCACGAGACAAUCGUCAACGAAGUCUUGCAGCGCUACCGUAUUCCUCGGCUGAAAGCAACGUAUCAUGCAAUCCGGAGAAACUGUCAACGAUGCAAAAAUGAUCGAGCGAAACCACAACCUCCAGCGAUGGCUGACCUUCCGCAGUCACGUUUGGCUGCAUUUAGCCGCCCGUUUACCUACAUGGGGGUGGAUUAUUUCGGUCCAAUACUGGUCCUGGUAGGACGACAUUCGGAAAAACGGUGGGGGGUUCUCGCCACCUGUCUAACUACUCGCGCCAUUCACUUGCAGAUAGCUUACACACUGACUACCGACUCUUGUAUUAUGGCAAUUCGAAAUGUCAUGGCUAGGAGGGGUGUCCCAGCAGUCAUCUACAGCGAUCGGGGAACUAAUUUCCAGUCUACAAGCAAGCUGCUCAAGGCAGCAAUCCAGCAGCUCGAUCACGACAGACUGGCAAGCGAGUUUACAUCAAGCCGCACUCAGUGGGCUUUCAACCCACCGGUUUCACCAAUAUGGGAGGAGCAUGGGAACGGUUGA